GGCCAGUAGACGUUCAGCGGGAAGAUAUCUAAAGAACCGCUCUAUCAGAAACCAACCGCUUAGCAAGUACAUAGGUACGUACCUACCGUACUUGUAGAUCAAAUCGCUAGAUGAAGAAACUUGCACUGACUGAAUUGAACAUGUAUUCCGUUUAGAAUCGUAUCCAAAGUAGCCGCUAUAUGCGGAAAAUGGAAAUCGGUUUCGUGUCAAGGUACAGCAUUAUUAGCAUCGGAGCAAAAUGCCAUGGGCAUGGGACAGGAAGUGGCAUGAGAAGUCGUUUCCCAGGGACUCGAGGUCGUGCAAAAAAGGCUCACCAACAUCUGCAAUUACCAAUUACUAAACGCCAAUAACCAAAUACCACAAGAAACUAUACCGGUAGUAGCAGGUAGUAUUAGCAGGCAGCAGUAGCAGUACGAGUAGUAACAGUGCUCGUGUGCAUUGGAAAAAACUCUGCUGCAUCUAUGCUCUAUGCCAUGUGAGAGUAGCCGCUUCGCAACACACCCCUCCUCCUUAGGAGAAAGCCGAAAUACGUCGUCAAGAGACAACGAAGUCUUUUCUCGGAUGCUCAAAAAAGGCCUCAAUACUGAAAUCCAGAAACGGAAAACGAGAAACGAGAUACCAAAUCCAGAAUCCAGAAUCCAGAAUCCAGAAUCGGAAAACGAGAAACCGUAAACCGAAAGUGGUUUCUGUGAACAAGAAGAGACGGUGACAUGGUCCCUCAUGAAUUGCCCUGGGACUGGACCUGACUGGACCUUUGUUCCUCUCUUCCCCACUAAAAGCUCUCGCAGCCGAAUCCCCGCAAACACACAGCCCCCUGCAGUGCCUCCAAGGCGCCGUGGGGCCAAUUCACCCUUAGCGACCGCCCCCAUCCUUAUCGCUUUCAUAUAAACACAAGCUGUCGCUCGACAACUCGGCUUUCUCUUCCCUCCUCAUACCCUCGUCUCUACAACCAGCUUGGUCUGAUUGUCAUCAACACUUCUCCCAUCUACACCAUUUGCAAAUUCCAUACCCACCGCAAUCAUGGCUACCUCAUCCACGGUCUCCUACACGGAGAAUGUAAGUUCCCAGUCCUCAAAUUAACCCCGCGAUUGUGCAGGAGCUGACUGUGAGGUAGCUCCUCAAGUACAUGAAGCUCGACCAGAAGGGAAGCGCCAUGGCUGAGUAAGUACUGGCGAUUUCGUCAUCUGCGAACGACCUCUAAUUGUUCCUUCAGGUACAUCUGGAUUGACUCGACCGGAGGUGUUCGUACCAAGUCCAAGGUGAGCAAACUCUCUCUCAGCCCAACUCCAAUUCCGCAACCCCACCCCACAGGCACAUCCAUCCCAUAAAAGUAACCACCAGAAUUGCUAACGAAUCAAUUUUCUCCUACAGACUCUCACCAAGGUCCCAGCAUCUGGCGAGUUCAAGCUUGAGGACCUCCCAGAGUGGAACUUUGACGGCUCUUCCACCGGCCAAGCUCCAGGCGACAACUCUGAUGUCUACCUCCGCCCCGUUGCCCUCUUCCCCGACCCAUUCCGUGGUGCCCCAAACAUCUUGGUUCUCACUGAGUGUUGGGACCCUGAUGGAACCCCCAACAAGUACAACUACCGCGCCGAGUGCGUCAAGUUGAUGAACGCACAUGCGGCUCACGAGCCUUGGUUCGGUCUUGAGCAAGAAUACACUCUCCUCGACAUGUCUGACCGUCCAUACGGAUGGCCAGUAAAUGGUUUCCCAGGUCCACAAGGCCCAUACUACUGUGGUGUUGGUGCUGGCAAGGUCUACUGCAGAGACAUUGUCGAGGCCCACUACAAGGCAUGCUUGAACGCUGGUAUCAAGAUCUCUGGCACCAACGCCGAGGUCAUGCCAGCUCAGUGGGAGUUCCAGGUUGGUCCUUGCACUGGCAUUGAGAGUGAGUUAUAUUUUCCCCUCACCUCCAAAACUUGAGACUAAUGGGUCAUUUUAGUGGGUGACCACCUCUGGGUCGCUCGUUUCCUCCUUCAUCGCAUCGCUGAGGAAUUCGGUGCCAAGAUCUCCUUCCACCCUAAGCCAAUCCCCGGUGACUGGAACGGAGCUGGUCUUCACAGCAACUUCUCCAGCAAGGAGAUGCGUGUUGAGGGUGGUAUGAAGCACAUCGAGGCUGCCAUCAAGAAGCUUGAGGGUCGUCACAAGGAGCACAUUGCGGUUUACGGAGAGGACAACACCUUACGUUUGACCGGCCGACACGAGACUGGUGCCAUUGAUACCUUCUCAUAUGGUGUCGCCAACCGCGGUGCAUCUAUCCGUAUUCCAAGAGAGUGUGGUGCCAAGGGUUACGGUUACUUUGAAGAUAGACGACCAGCUUCAAAUGCUGACCCAUAUCAAAUCACUGGUAUCAUGAUGGAGACCGUAAGUCCUCGAUAUUCACUUCCGAAGCGCCCCUAAACUAAUUAUUCUCUAGAUGUAUGGUGGACUUGACGAAGUUGAAUUGAAGAAAUAGACAUAUUAAUGCCACAAGGCUUGUAUAGAUUGGUGCGAAGGACGUACGUUUUUCGUUCGGCGAAUAGCCUCUUUUUUGCAAGCGAUGAAGUUUUAUGACGAGGGAUCCACAGUUAGUUUCUGAGAGUUGCCAUGUAAAUUCGAGGAUCAGCUAGGAUCAAUUACGAUACCAAGAUUUUUCUAAAAAUUGCUGUUCGCG